CUGAAGGAAGGAUAUGCAUAUUCUUGGUACCAUUUGAAAGUAAAGUAUUUACUGUGUGGCUCAACUUUUUCUGCCAUUGUUUAUUAUGCUGCAUUCAAUGUGUAGUAUAGUGGUUUUGAUUCAUAUCAGCUUUUUUUGUUUGCCUUACCAACAUUAUCAUGUUCAAAUUGCCACUGGGAACAGUGUCUGUAUUUACAAUAUUUUUUUAAAUAUUGAUUUUACUAUUUGAAAUGAACGUCCCUCUUCAGCAUAUGUAUAUAAAUCAAGCAGGUUUAGUACCUUCUACCAUACUCUGGGAGAAAGACUAUAAUCAUCAAGACAAGACCACACAAGAAAGCUCACUGCAGACAGAUCUAGUCAUGACGUUCCAGAAGGCUUUCCUGUUCCUGGUGUUGCUGUGUGCUACAGUGAUGGCCAACGUCGACCAACAACAUAAACAAUUCCUAAAACAACACGUCAAUGGGAAAAUGAAUACCCAGGCGUGUGAUAGUCAGAUGAAAUCAUUGAAUUUGAACCGGCUUGAUAAACAAUGCAAAGAGAAGAACACCUUCAUUGGGGCCAAUCCAGAGCAGGUCAUACAAAUCUGCACUGGGGGUGGCACACCGAAGGGAAAAAAUCUGGUUCAAAGCAACAAAGGCUUCUUUAUAGUCAUAUGUACCCGUACAGGUGUGCAUUCCUAUCCCAAUUGUACAUACAAGGGAUCUUCGGCCACUAAGAAUGUUAUCAUUGCAUGUGAAAGUAAUUUGCCAGUGCACUAUGAUGGUGAUGUUGAUAUUGGCACUACGGAUGGAAAGUGAAUACAUAUGAAAGGUGUGUCACCGCUAAAUGUAAGCACAACUGGAGACAUGUUAUUGACAAGGCAGCGCUACUGUGGCUAGCAAAUUAGUGUAGGAGUGUUUGCUCACAACUAGAUCUCUGCUAACAAUUGCAACACUGUCUCAAACUGCAUGUCUCCUGUAAUGUCAACUUUCCAAGCGUAACUAAACUGCUUUGAAAUAAAAUAACAAAGUUGUCA